ACAGCUUGAGAACUGGAGAGAUGUCACACCUGCUGGACCACACAUCAGGGGACCUGCCAGUGAGAGACACGGACUUCAUACCUCUGACAUUACCAGCGUCAAAAGGUAGGAGUGCAAAGGCUCAACCAUCCUUGAGCAAGCUGAACCGGGAGGAAUUGGAAGAUGGUUUCCUACGACUUCGUGAUGAGCACCUGUCAGUGAAGGAACUUUUUUGGAAGCAACAAGAUGAAAUCAAAAGGCUGAGAACCACCUUGCUCCGCCUCACUGCUACAGGCCGGAACCUCCAGGUUUCCAGGCCUGAGCUCCGGGUGCCCACAAAGCAGGGACAGAAAGCGAGGUGGCAACAGCGUCCAGCGACACAUCCGCUCCAAGCACAGUUUCAGCGUGUAGGCUCCUCUGCUCCAUGUCGCGUCCUGCAUCACACCCACAAGGGACACCAACAACUCCACACAGCUGGUGCCCAUGUCCCGGAAAAACUUAGGCAUGCACCAAGUGACAGGCUGAGCUACACAGCCCCUCCCAUGUUCAAGGACCCUGCAACAAAUGAAAAAACCAGAGGUGAAAUCAUUGGUGAACCCAGCGAACUUGCCCACAUUCUGGCUGAUGACACUAAGCAAGUAGAAGUGUCACCCACAUCAUCCGAGAAAAUGGAAUCCACAGAUGAACGUGUUGCACAGAGCAACUCCUUGGAGUGUGCCCAGAAAGCCACAGAACUUCGAGCUUCCAUUAAGGACAACGUGGAGCUGAUUCGGCUUAAAAAGCUCUUACAUGAAAGAAGUACCUUGCUGGCUGUAACCAAAGCGCAGUUAAAAGAUGUGCAAGGGGCAUACGAAACCUUGCUCCAAAAGAACCAGGGAGUCCUAGGUGCAGCCCAUGAUGCCCUCCUCACACAAGUGAAUGAGCUCAGGGUAGAGCUGAUGGAGGAAAGCAAGAAGGCAGCGAACUUGAAGAGCCAACUGGAAGAUGUGUCCAUUCUGCAGAUCACACUGAAGGAGUUUCAGGAGAGAGUUGAAGAUUUGGAAAAUGAACGAAAACUGUUGAAUGAUGAUUAUGAGAAACUCUUAGAAAAGUGA